AUGGCGACAAGAAGAAGAAUCUUCAGCUUCGUGUUCGUAAUGAUGAUGAUGAGCUUCACGGUUUCUUCUGGUAACUGCUCACCAAAGAUCUACAAAGUGGGAGACUCCGAGGGAUGGACUGCCAAGGACGAUGUCUACUACGCUUGGGCCGAGACUGACCAUAAAGAGUUCCACGUGGGAGAUUCUCUCGUCUUCGAAUACGAUCCCAACAUCAGCGACGUCGCUCAAGUUCCUGGCGCUCUGGAAUAUGAGUUUUGCGACUAUUCUUCUCCUGAAGCCGUCUACAGCACGGGACACGAUGUCGUGACUCUCACGGAACCAGGUUUUCACUAUUUCAUCACCUCAAAUCAAGCUCAAUGUGCUCUGGGACAGAAGCUCGAAGUUCUUGUCAUCCACGACCCCUCACGUCCCGUUCCUCCACCGACACCUAGCAAGAACCUUCCUGUCGGAAACACCUACAAGGUCGGAGACUCAAAAGGGUGGAACGUCUUUGACACUAACUUCUAUAGCAAGUGGGGUGAGGAGAAACAGUUUCAUGUUGGAGAUGGUCUGAUUUUCGAAUACGACAACGAAGCCAGCGACGUCUAUGAAAUCAGCGGCGAUCUAGAAUUCAUGACAUGCGAUCCAACGUCUCCUGUAGCUGUGCACAAGACAGGACACGAUCUUGUUAGGCUUACUGAACCAGGAGUUCAUUAUUUCAUAACCUCAAACUCGGGUUAUUGUGAAGCUGGACUUAAGCUUCGUGUGAUGGUGGGACCACAACCAAAAGCUGCUGCUUUCCCUAAUUUUCCCAAGAAGGUGGACUUGUCAGCUAUGGAGCGCCUCAACAACUGGUUGAAGACUUUCAUACCCCAGCCUCAUCAUUAA